CAAAGGUCCUCUCCUGCAGAGUAUGUGUGGCAGUCGGUCGGCCAGAGAGAGAGAAAGAGCUUUGCGGAGCCGCCGCGCCAGCGCAGAGAGGCACGGAGACGCAGCAGAGAGCAUCAAGGCGACUUCAUCUGGAGGAAAAUAAAUAAAACAACUUUAGCAGGGACAUACUGUUCGAGAAAAAACAGAGGAGGUAUUGAUUUUUUGCGCGGACAUAAAAUGAAAGGGUUACCUGGCUGUAUUUUGGAUUUGGAGUCUUGUAUUACACAGCUGCGACUUUGACUCUCUAGGAGUUGUCUGUUGGAGGAAUUUCAGGCACCCCGAAUCAGGCUUGAGUUGGACAUCCAGGAACCAGUCAAGGAGUAAACUAAACUACCUCUCACUGGAAAAGCAGAGACUAAAGCACCACUACCACCAUGGAUGAGGAACAGUGCUACUACAACGAGACCAUCGCCUUCUUCUACAAUCGCAGUGGCAAGUACCUUGCUACUGACUGGAACACCGUCAGCAGGCUGGUGAUGGGCCUGGGCAUCACUGUGUGCAUCUUCAUCAUGCUCGCCAACCUUCUGGUGAUGAUCGCCAUCUACGUCAACAGAAGAUUCCACUUCCCCAUCUACUACCUGAUGGCCAACCUGGCAGCUGCUGACUUCUUUGCUGGACUGGCCUACUUCUACUUGAUGUUCAACACAGGACCAAACACGAGGCGCCUGACUGUUUCGACGUGGCUGCUGCGCCAGGGCUUGAUUGAUACCAGCCUGACAGCGUCUGUGGCCAACCUGCUCGCCAUCGCCAUCGAGCGCCACAUCACCGUGUUCCGCAUGCAGCUACACACUCGAAUGAGUAAUCGGCGUGUGGUGGUGGUGAUUGUCAUUAUCUGGACCAUGUCUAUAGUCAUGGGAGCCAUCCCCAGCGUGGGCUGGAACUGUAUCUGUAGUAUUAAGUCUUGCUCCAACAUGGCGCCACUUUACAGCAACUCCUACCUAGUCUUCUGGGCAGUGUUUAACCUUGUGACUUUUGUUGUUAUGGUAACACUAUAUGCCCACAUCUUUGUCUAUGUGCGCCAGAGGACCAUGAGGAUGUCACGGCACAGCUCUGGACCACGACGCAACCGAGAUACCAUGAUGUCUCUGCUGAAAACCGUGGUGAUUGUGUUGGGUGCAUUCAUCGUCUGCUGGACCCCCGGCCUGGUCAUCCUCCUUCUUGACGUCUUCUGUGCCAGCUGCAACGUCCUUGACUAUGAAAAGUUCUUCCUGCUUCUUGCCGAGUUCAACUCGGCCAUGAACCCCAUCAUUUACUCCUACCGUGACAAGGAGAUGAGCGCCACCUUCAGGCAGAUCCUGUGCUGUCAGCGGCAGGAAAACGUCAACGGGACCGCGGCAGAGGGAUCUGACCGGUCGGCGUCAUCCAUCAACCACACGGUGCUGAGCGGCGGUAUGCACCACCACCACCACCAUAACGAACACUCUGUAGUAUAAAGGAGGGCUGGAGAUUGCGGAGAUUAAUCCAACUGCUUGAAGGAGUUGAUCUCUUUUGGAGAUACUGACUGAAAGAAGGUAAAUGGCAGCAAGGGUAGUUCGAGAGGGACCGCGAACAUGAUAUGAACUAAAGACAGCAACGUGAUAAAUUUGAGAAUGAAGAUAAGGUAGAGUUGAUGAUGAGCUGGAUGAAAUCACAAUGAAGAAGAUGAUGGCGACUAUGAGGAAAGAUGACAAGACUUUAUCGCGGUGUGGGGAAAGAAGAGGGGAGGAGUCUGAUCUUUGAGGACUCUUGAUAGGCUGUUGGUAUUUUUAUUUAGUUGUUUAUUAUUUUCUAUUUGUUUUGAAUGUGUUAUGUACAACGCUGAUAUGAACUAUUUAAAUCUGUGAAAUGAAGGUAAUGCCAGUAUAACCCAUCCUCUUUCUCCAGUCUUCUCUAACAUUGUGUCUCGCAGUCGUUGGUUUCAGACUUUGACCCCUUGAUUCCCAUUCUUAAGAAAGGUAUCAUAACAUCAUCCAUACAGUACAUGUUACGUACAGAUGCAACAUGACACUAUCUGACUCCUUGUAUUAGUUGUGACAUUUUAGGUCUUGGAGCACUAUUCUUCCUUUAUUGUAGUUUAGGAAAGACUUCAGAUCGCACAUACACCGUGUUGUGCUUAUAACAUGUAACUCUCCAACAACCUCAAACUUAACCUAACUUAAAAAUUACCUUGCGGGGACUCAAGGCUCUGAAUAGUGUUUCAAUUUGUUUCCUUUGUUCUCCACAUUUAUGGGAUGAUGGAUAAUGCUUAAAAAUACAUAUAUGUAUUAAUACUGACAUGUUUGAUUUAUCAAAAAAAUACAGUAAUACUGUUCAAAUUCAUCUUUAAAUUACUUUACAACCUUUUUUUAUUUAAUGUUUAUUUGACAGGGACAAAUGCAUGGAACACUGCUUUAUAAAGAAUACAAAGUAGAUUCCGUGCAUACAGGUUUCUAGCCAUGACUAAUUUGCAACCUUGUAAACACCCUAAAAACUUGGUAUUCUACUAAUCCACUUCUCCCACUAAAAAGCUUUUGUCAAUGCAUCCCAACAGUUUCUUCCUUUCAUCCAACUUUAAUACAUAAAGGGUCCAGGAUCCUGAGUUGUUUAUUCCCUCUAAGGAAUUAGAAGUUGUUCCAGGGAUCUUACCAAAAAGGGGAGGAGGAUGUUUGCGGUUUUAGCGCAGACUCUGUGACACAGUGUUAUGUGGAGACAAGGUGAAGGUCAUAUCUGGUGAGCAUUAACAGACUUCAGAUCAGGAUAAGAAAUGUGCUGAGCUGCCUGCCUCUCUCGGGUUUUAUCAAGUGUCUCUGAGUCCAUGAGGCUGACAAGAAAAGAGGUCGAAGUGUGUAAGUAUAACCAGUGUUUAUGUUAAAUUGCCCUCUGGUGGCACGAGUAGGAUCUCUGAAACUAAAAAUGACUGAAAACUAGAUGAGAGGUGACAAGCUGGGCCAUUCUGUCUGCCUGAAUUUGUAGUUUACAAACUAAAUUUUGCUACGAAUGAUACAGUAUCUGAUAUAAACAGUUUGGACUGUAAACACUGACCCACUCUAUUUACCACCAGCUGUCCGGAUUUGAAGACAUUGAUGUGGGAACAACUAUGUCACCAGAUGAAUUUGAACACAGAGGGCUGAGAUGAAGAAAUAGCUAGAAUGUCUAGCUAGCAUAUGGGACCAUUUUUUAACUGAGCAUACUACUGAUAAGUCUAAGAGUCUACAGCCACACUAGGAGGGCUCUGUGGGGCAUUGCUGAGCUGACACGUUAACAUCAGCAUGCUAACAUGCUUAUAAUAAAAAGGCUGAACAUGCUGAUGUAAAGCAGAUAGUAUUUGCCAUGUUCCCCAUCUUGGUUGAGCUUAUUAGCAAGCUAACAUUUGCUAAUUAGCACUAAACACAAAGUAAAGCUGAGGCUACCAAAAAUAUCUUUCCUAUUAACCAGAAACUGAAUGACAUGGACACAUGUUUUGCUGUGAGUGUGUUAUUGUGGAUAUUAAGUAUAGAUCCCCAUCCAAAAUGUAUUAUGUUUUGUUUAUGUCACCAUACAAGAGGCUUGUGGUUAUAAUAUUGUUUUUGAUACAAAUAAUUGCAAUGUUUUGCAUACACAUAUAGGGUAUCCCUUCCCUUCUCCCCCCGUCACCCUCCCCAUGGUGGCAUCCCUCUUGUGCUGUUUUCAUUUAAUUCAAACUGAGAAUCAUCAUUGAGAAGCAAAGAUGAACUGUAUUGUAUGGCCUUAACUCUCGAUUCAGUUGGAUAUCCAAUCCCCAAAAGGAACACUGUCACAUCAUGUGUGUAUACCUUCCCAGUGAAUUAAGUUGGCACAUAUUGAAGUUUGGACUAAUGACAGGCAUAUAGUGAGGUUAUGAUAAUGUUGAUGUUUACCAAAACAGCAUCAUGGACUGUUUACCAUAUCACAAUGUUAAGCAAUUUUGACACCCAAUUCUUACUUAAAGGUGUACAGAAAACAUUGGCGGAAAACAGUUUACUCUUAUUAUAAAACUCAAAGGUCUAGUAGCCUUUAGGAUGUUUUUCUUAAUGAAUUGAAUUUGUGAAAGGUGAGGCAGAGUUGAGCCAGUGCAGUGUUGAAUGGUGUUAUAUUAUUUCCACAAGUGCACUCCCUGACAUCUACUAUUAACUUGAGAUUCUUAGCCAAGUCAGUAUGGUGAUGCUAUGACGUGCGAUGUUAAAAAUUGCCAGCUGGACGUUUUGUCCUGACUUGAAUCAAAACACUUUCUGGCCAAAACACAUAGACAAAGCUCCUAACAGCUGACAGAAAAGUGGGAAUCAUGGCCAAAAACACAGUCAAAUGUUUUCCAGGAAGCAAGAUGUUUGUCAGGGAUUUAAGCUGCAGUGCUAAAAUGAAGUCAGCUGGUAUUUUUGCCUGUCGAAGUUUCCCAAAAUGUUGCCCUGUUUAUGAGGCAAGAAAGCCUUUUAAUCUCCUGGUUGUGCCUCUACAUGUUGCACAUAAACACUUUGAGUAAACUCUAAGCAACAGAUCAUAGAUUUUUUUUUCCAAUUUAACUUAAUUAAUUAGUUUUGCCUUUGAAUUUGAAGUUUCACUUCUGUCUCAUCAUUUCGUUGUUCAGACUUUGUCUAUCUAUGUCUCUGGACCCAACCCUCCACCUUUCACAUUCACUGUAACCAUUUUUCUAACAAGGUUUUGAUUCAGGUUGUAUAGCAGACCAACUAAGUUUUCUGUUUUUGUAUGUCUUUGUUUACCAGUGUGUCAGUCUUUGUACAACAUUGUAAGUAUAUGUGUACAGUAUGUAUAUAAAUAUAUAUAAAAUAUAUCAUUCAAAGUUAAUCACCAAAGGGAAAGUGUUUCUGUGUUUUUAAAUUUAACUGUGCUAUACUCUGUCCAAGUGUACUGUAGGAUUUUCCUUAAGGGUUUUAUGGUUUUAUUAGCCCUUUGUAUUAUGACUCUAAUCAAUGAAUUUCCUUUAGACACGAUUACAGUUACUAACUUGUUUGUGACCCAGAACUUGAUAUUUAUGUGUGCAGUGCCUCCCAGUCCUCAUUCUUAAAGAAUAACUUAACACCAGUCUGAAAAGGAGUGUUUAACCACCCUCUCUUCAAAUUUCAAAUCUGUUUCACCUCUGACCACACCCAGCAGUGAUGUCACAGUGUCCUGGAGUACACUUUUACAUCACUGCAGCAAGGUGAGAAGUUAGACCAACGGAGGUCACCAAAAAUAAGAUUUCCAGGUGGUGUUAACAUCCUCUUUAAGUUUGUGUGUUCCUAACACCUUCAUUUUGCAAAUGCCUUAAAGUAGAACAAAGAUGAAUGUCAGUGUUGAAGAAAGUUUUCACCAGAGAACAUGAUUUUUGAAUAAUGAAAAUACACAACACAGCCUCAAAAAUACAAUGAGUACAUACUCAUAAAUAUAGAUUACAUAAUAUUAUUUGAUAAAAAUAUCAGGUCUUGUUCUAAAUUAAAAUAUUUGAUCAACGUUCUGGGGGUCAAAACAAGUUCAAUUGUAAGUCCACACUCCAGCAGUCACGACACACGUCAUUCCACUGUCAUGCAUGUCACCAUACGCCAGUGUCCUUUCCCUCAGUGUUAACUUAAGGAACUUUCCCGAAAGGCAACAGUUUUAUCAGAUUAGCUGCCCAGAUUCUCACAUCUUUUCUGUUGUUCCCUGACUACUUCUUAUUUUGUUUGAAUGGCGCGUCCAAUGUUGGCUAUGGGCUUCAAAUGACAUCACAUGACGCAGCCGGUGUGUGUUGCACUUAAGAGAUGUUAUUAUUUUAACCUGUUCAUCCAAAAGACUAUGAAUGGCAUGAUAAUAUGUACAUUAUAAGGUCAAUGACUGACAAACUGUAAGUGUGAAACAUUUUGUUCUUCCAAAGUGAAAUAUUGCCUCAAACCAUGUACCAGGAGUUUGUAGAAAGUAAUUGUGACACAAGCAUAAAUGUUAUUUCCAUACUAUCUAUACUGUACCGGCCAAUAUCAAUGAAUGUCCACCAAAAGUCAUAGUGUUAAUAUCCCAGCAACAAUAAAAACAUGAGAAAAGUCUGAA